GAGAGAGAGAGACCGAGAGAGAGAGAGACCGAGAGACCACCGCAAGGUGUAAAGGGACAGAGAGACACAGAGAAACAGACACGGAAGGACAAAGCUAGGUCGAGAGCAGACAUACCCUAAAACAUAGAGCUAGAGACAGUCUGAAGAAGGAAGCAGAAAAAAGGUCGACCUGGGGCCUAGGGAAGGCGAAGUCAGAUGAAGCCCCGAGUGUGUGAGGCCAGCCUGGAGAGAGAAUCCAGCCUGAAUCCUGCUGUCCACACCUGGCGAGACAGAGUCCUCGUCCCAUCUGUGUCCUCUGACUACGCCACAAGAGCGGAGGCUGAGAAGCCCCACUACCUUGGUUGCACGAACGAGUAAGCCCCCAGGCACAGACCUGUGUAUGCACACUGCAGGCGCAGACUUAACGAGCAAACCCUGGGAGUGCAGAGCAGGCGCUGCCCGACAGGGGGAGCCCGAGACUUCUUCCCUGAGCUUGAGAGCCGCUCGGCCUCCAGAGGGCGCCCGCACCCACGGACCCCUGCAAUCUGCUCUUUCUGGAGAGCCCAGCUGCAUUUGACUUGCUGCGCCGCCAGCCAUACGGAUUAGUAUCCUGGAGCGGUUUAGAGUUGAAGAGUCUGGUCCCCUUGGGACCGCGGGUUGUGCCUAAUCCUCGGCUAACGACUCCUGCUGUCCCUCACCUGCUGGGCCAGCACGGCCUGAGUUAUUGUAGGGAAGGGACAGUGAAGGGAAGGAGAUGGGGACAGAUCUGAAACCCCAAGGACCACGAUCCAGAUAUGGGAACACAGGAGGGGAGGGGGCUCAGAGAUAGGCCCACAGAGACCCGGAUCAGGAGCAGAUGAAGCGUCGAGAAAUCGCGGAGAGGCCAGAGCAGAAGUGACAAUGUAAUAACUGAGCUCAAGAGCGGCCUGGAGACCCAAGGGAGGAGGAAUAGUGGAGGUCCCAGGACAGGCUCUGGGAGUCCCCAGGCCUAGGUCACCAGAACUAAACAAGCGAGGGCCCAAGAGCAAAGGGGCGUAAAGCAAAGGCCAGACGUUCCUCCCGGAGCCCUAGCUCCCCAACUGUACCACGGAGUACCAGAUGUGCAGCCCAGCUGGGCAGCUGCUGGAGUUAGAGCUUCAAGAUUGGUAUUUAGCGCCACCCCACCCCAACCCCCCAGCGGCCCAGGCUGGGGGUGGGGGUACUGAUGACAGGUCACAUCUUCCCUGGCUCAGCCCUAGAGGUGCUGAUGGGCCCGGCUCUGCUACAGGCUCUGACAUCCCAUCAGCCCCCCUCCUCCACCCCACCCCCACCCCUACCUCAGCGAGUCUCUGUCUCUUUGUUCUCGCCAUGUCUCUGACACUUUAUCUCAUUAUCCGCCGGAGGGAGGCGGAGAGCCCGGACCCCGCAGCCUAAUUACAGCUGAGCUUGUCAGCUCAAGGGGCGGGCGAGGUAUCGGUGUGUAAGAAAGGGAGGGGCCCCUCAGGAAGGGUCGUAGGGAGGCAGUGGUGGGCACACAGCUCAUCCCAGUGGGUGCCCACCAUAGGACAAGUUCUUUAGGGGAGGGAUGGGGGAGCUUCGCAGGAUCUAGCAGGAGGGGGCGAUGGGAAUUAACAUGGGAGUGAGAAGGAGAUGAGACUCACCUCCUGAGUCCCCAAAACCAGUCCUCCGAAGAUGGAGGGUGGGGGAAACUUCCUGCCCUGGCAAUAGAGCAUAUACCCGAGUUGGCUGUUCUCUAUUUCUUUCUAAGUCUGCUUCCUUCAUUCAGAGCGCUAAUCCCAAAGCCAGAGAUGAGUGUGGUGGCCUCCUUGGAGAGAGCUCCAGCUUCAGUGUCUCAAGUCCCUAAACUGCCCCAACCACUGUCUUACAUUUGGAGCAGUUCAGAGAUUCACAGACCUACAUCCUGCACCCCUAACUGCUCCCUACCCAGAACAAGAGGGGCUGGCAAGCACUAGCAAUGUUCACUUGCCCCCCUUCUCCGAAGCAUGAUGUUGAGGUAGAACUUUGUUCUCAAGGCCUGCUAGCUCUGGGUCUGAGUGCAGAAAAAGUGCUGUAGAUGCCGUCACUGUUCCUUGGUCCCUCCAGUGGACACGCCACGUCCCCAUUUCGUUAGAGGGCUGUCUGCUUGCCAGUCCCCCAUGUGGAUCUCCCUUCAGUCUCUGGAUGCCAGAGAGGCUCCUCCUUCAGAUACCCAAAGACCCAAGUAUAACGGUGACCGGUGGGCCGGGGUUUCCCCCAUCAGUAGGAGAGAGUUGGGAAGGAGAAACUUCAAGACUCCUCCAACUACCUCCAGCCUUGUUUGGACCUGGAACUGCUGGGAAGAAACAAGCUGGGUGGGGCUGGCUGACCCCUCCCUGAUGGGGGGCGGGACCCCAGGGGGAGGAAUAGACCAGAUUCACCGGAGCCCAGACACUGGAGAAAGAUGGCAGGAACCAGUUCAGGGGCCCGCUUCUACCGGCAGAUAAAAAGACACCCCGGGCUCAUCCCAAUGAUUGGCUUCAUCUGCUUGGGCAUGGGCAGUGCUGGGCUCUAUUUGCUGCGACUCGCACUGCGUAGCCCGGAUGUCUGCUGGGACAGAAAGAACAACCCGGAGCCCUGGAACCGCAUGAGUCCCAACGACCAGUACAAGUUCCUUGCUGUUUCCACUGACUAUAAGAAGCUGAAGAAGGAUCGGCCAGACUUCUAAGGCAGAGCAAGAGGCCCAUGCAUCACAGGCUUUUCUUCCGUUCCUUGCCCCAGACCCUAAGGGCGUCAGUUUAGCAACAAUGUCCAGCCUUUCCUUCCUUGGGCUGGAUUCCCACGCAGAGGGGAGGUAGCUCCACCCCCACACCCCGCCCUUGCUCCCAGUAGAGGAAGAACCUCUGACCCUCAGCUUGAGUCCCACGGGGGGGAGGGGGGAGCCAAGACUUCAAGGCAGAAGCUGGGAUGACCCAAAAGGCCGAGGCAGCCCCUCUCCUCCUACCCCCCUCCGGCUAACUGGGUGUGGCACAGGCUACGUGCUGAGCGUGUCCGACGUGUGCCAACAGCAGGCAGGAGCCUGAGUGCCAAGCGACGUGGCAGGCCCCACGUUAGUGCAAGUUUUGAGCAAGGUUUAAGGGGAAGAGGCCGCCCAGGCUCGACUGGGCUCGUCCUGUGUUCCCAAGCCUGCCUAGGAUGGGGAGCCUCUACCAUGAGGUGUGAUGCUCUCCUGCCCAAGCCUGUGCCUACCAUCAACUACACCCCCUCCCACCUUGCACCUGGGCCUUUCCCUGCUUUUCCCCACCCCUCCCUUCCCUUGCUCCUCAGUCCCUGGGGAUCAAACAGAAGCAGCCGUGGGCAAAAUACAAUUUCAUUUAACAAAUUGAA